AUGAUACUUUUUUUAUAUGUAUUGUUAAAAAAAUAUAAGUUGACUGAAUUAAGAAACAGUACAGCUAAAAACAAGAAGAAAAUAGUAGAUUUGGAACAACAAGUACAAGACCUUGAAUAUAGAUUAGUUGGGACUUCAAAUAUCGACAAAACUAAGGUCAUCAAGAAAGACAACCAAAUUGUUGAUUUGGAGAAAACGGUUGUAGCGUUGAAAGAACAGAACACUCAACUUGAUGCUGCUAAGAAGGAUAUAAAAAAGCGAUUGAAGACGCUUCGAAGAUUGAGAAUUAUGAAUCACAGAUUAAGGCACUUGAAGCACAAAAAAGAAGGCUUUGGACGACAAAACUAA